UGUCCAUCAGCACCAAGAGGCCUCGGGCGGGCUGCUGGGCAUGGGGCCGUGGCGCCGGGCCUGCCUGAGCCCGAGCUGGAGCUGGAGCUGGAGCUGCAGCCCGAGCCCACGGGAGCCACGGGAGCCACGGGAGCCACGGGGCCUGAGCGGGACCCAAGCGAGGAGCCGGCGGAGCAGCGGCAGUGCCGUGCAGGCGGCCCCAGGUGGGUGACCCCACCCCUCUUCCUUCCUUGGCACCAUGUCCGGCACUGUGGAGACACUACGGUUCCAGCUGCUGCCCCCUGAACCAGAUGAAACUCUCUGGGGUGUUUCCUGCGAGCAGCCCGUGGAGCGGAGGUACCAGGCGCUGCCCUCCCUUGUCUGCACCAUGUGCUGCCUCUUCGGUGUUGUCUACUGCUUCUUUGGUUACCGUUGCUUCAAGGCUGUGCUUUUUCUCACGGGACUCCUGUUCGGCUCAGUGGUCAUCUUCCUGCUCUGUUACCGAGAGCGGGUGCUGGAGACGCAGCUGAGCGGGGCAAGUGCGGGCAUUGCGCUGGGCAUCGGCCUGCUGUGCGGGCUGGUGGCCAUGCUGGUGCGCAGCGUGGGGCUCUUCCUGGUCGGCCUCUUGCUCGGGCUGUUGCUGGGGGCAGCCGCCCUGAUGGGCUCCGGCCCCUUCUACCAGCCGGGCUCUGUGUGGGGGCCCCUGGGGCUGCUGCUGGGAGGGGGCCUGCUGUGCGCCCUGCUCACCCUGCGCUGGCCGCGGCCGUUCACCACGCUGGCCACGGCCGUGGCCGGGGCCGCCCUCAUCGCCGCCGCGGCGGACUACUUUGCCGAACUGUUGCUGCUGGGGCGCUACGCCGCGGAGAGGCUGCGGGCGGCCCCGGUGCCUCCGCUCUGCUGGCGGAGCUGGGCCCUCCUGGCCGUCUGGCCCCUGCUCAGCCUGAUGGGCGUCCUGGUGCAGUGGAGAGUCACAGCUGAGGGGGACUCCCACACUGAGGUUGUGAUUAGCCGGCAGCAGCGGAGAGUACAACUGAUGCGGAUUCGGCAGCGUGAGGAGCGGAAGGAGAAGCGAAGAAGGAAGAGACCCCCUCGGGCUCCUUCUCGGGGUACCCGGGCCCCACCAAAGCCCGGUCCUCCUGAUUCUGGCUAUCGACGAAGGCCUGUGCCUGUCAAACGCUUCAAUGGAGACGUGCUCUCCCCUAGCUACAUUCAGAGUUUUCGGGACCGGCAGACAGGGAGUUCUCUGAGCAGUUUUGUGGCACCCCCAGUAGACCUGGAUUAUGAAUGUGGUUCCACAGUGCCGCUGACCGCUGGCUCAGGACCCCCUGUUCGAGUAUAGCUAACUCUCAUCUGGUCAGAGGAGACCCGGAAAGUUGACUCUGGAGACUUCAGACACUGACUCUGCCAGUUAGGGUGAGGGUGGGGGCUAGCUUUGUCCUUGUCCAGUGGACUGGAUGGGACCAGGGCUUCCUUCCCUGCCCAAGGGCUGGCCCCCCAUCAGAGCUCCCUUGGAGAGCCAAGAUCCAUCAGUCUGAGGGUAACCUACUCAGACUCCUUCAUCAGGGGUUACAGAGAGCUCACUUGGUCCAUAUGAGCCCCCAAAGGAAAAGGAUUUGCCUUUGGGGCUGAACUCAGGAGUCACGUGUAUGCUGGGGGUGUGUGGAGGGGACACAUUGGCCCCCUUGCCUUAGAUUUCUGGUGGGGAGGACUUCCUUCUGGGGGGAAUAUUCAGCCUCUCUCUUCUCUUCUCUUCUUUUCUUUUCUCUUCCUCUCUCUCU